GUUGCACACUUGACGGGUCGUCGCCGGGUGUCGUCGUCGUUUGUCGCUCUUUUGAUGCUCUCGCUGGCUGCUGCGGCUGCUUGUUGCUUCUUCCACAAGCCCCAUCAUCUUGCGUUGUUAUCCUUCGUCUGGGAGGAUAUUCUGGGGCAAUUGGGAUCUAUUUUUGUUGAGUGCAUUUGUUGAUUUUUGUUGUUGUCGUAACAUGUUUACGAAUUGGUUAACGGGAAGCAGUGGCACAGCGCCUCGGGGCAUCGGCCUCACUGCGCCACCGUUGGCUGCCGCCGCAGCACCACUGUCCGUCGGAGUCGGCAGCGGUGGGGGCAUUAUGAGCACUCCGCCGGAUGUCAUCCUGGAGGUGGGCCCCGCGCCGAGCAACGUGCGCUUUGUGGCCCACGCUCUGGUCCUGGGCAUGCACAGUGGAUACCUUCGCUCGGCCAUCCGUAUGGAUGAGAGUGCCGCCGCCUCAGGAGCGGGCUCCAACAGCAGCACAGGAGCCACAGGCGCCCAAGGAGCAGCGGGAGGAGAGCUAAUGCUUUACUUGGGCAACGUGACGGCGGAUCAGUUUGCCCCGCUCCUCACGUACAUGUACACGGGCUACCUAGACUUGAAUGUGGACAACAUCUUUGCUGUGCUGCUGGCCACGCACGUGCUGCACAUGCCCCGAGCUCUGGAGAUCUGCCGAUCCUUUCUGGCCCGGGCCCAGACCGAGGGCUAUCUGAAUGGCAGUGGCAGCAAUCCCCCCCCACAGCUAUGUCCGACGGCGCCAGUCAGCGCCAAGAUCAUCCGGCCCAUUCCGAGCAAGGCCACGCUCCCGAACUUCGGCUUCAUGCCAGUGCCCCUGCCACUGGCUCCUCCUCCGCCCCCAACAGCGCCACCGCCGCAUCCUCCUCCCGUCCUGCCCGCCUAUGCGGGUGCCGCUUCCCUGCUGCAAGUAGAGCCGGAGUAUCCCGGACUGGACGUGGCCUUGGAUGAGGACGAGGAGGAGGAUGUCGAGGUAUUCAUCGACAGCAACACUGUCACCGACAACGAAAACGAAAACGAAAUCGAAGACAUGGAGGCCGAGGACUGCAAUGUCUCGGUCGUCAGUUCACUGGCCAGCAGCAGUGCGGGCAGCCUUAACAUCGAGCGCCUGGACGCAAAACCGCCCUCCCCCACACCCACACCCACACUCACACCGACUCCCAAGCCGCAGGCACCGACCAGGACCAAGAAAGAGCCCCCAGCAGCAGUCGUGCAAAGGGGAUCCCGCUCCACACGCUCUGGGAAGCCAGGGAGGAGAACCAAUGCGAGCGGACUCCAGGUGGCCAAGGCCCCGGUGCCGGCCGCCCAAUUGGAGACGGCCACGGCGGCGAUGCCCUCCAAGUUCAUCAUCGACGUUGCCAGCUGCGACGGACCCGUGCGCUUCCGUCGCAUCCUGAACACCGCCUACGGCCACAAGCCGGAGGCCCUGGACGGCUCCGGAUCGGAGCAAUGCGAGCAGCAGCGGACCCAGCAGAGCGUCAGCUACUCGUUUCACCAGCAGAUGGCCAGAGCCAUUAGCAGCCAGCAGCGACAGCAGUUCCACCAGCAGCAGCAGCACCAGCAGCAGCACCAGGAGGAAAGCGAGAACAGUGGCGAUGCCACAGGAGGAUCGGGAGCAGCACCAGCCAACAGCCGAAAGCAGGCGAGUGCAGGAGCCUCCUCCUCUGCAACGACCGCCAGCAGCAGCAGCAGCAUCGGAGGAGCUGUAGCCCCCAGCCAGGAGCUGUAUGUGUGCGUGUACUGCAAGCACACGUUCAAGUCGCAGUACUGCUACCAAAAGCACGCCAAGCGGCACCUGAAUCCUCUGAGCCUGGCCAGUGCCGAGAAGAAGCUGGUGGCCAGCGGAGACCAUGGAAUGGUGGCCAUGGAAUCCAGCAACACUGGACAGGACAACAGUCAGUCGCAGGAGGCCACAGCAACGGCAGCAGCCACGGCAACAGCAGCAGCUGUCACAUCCACGGCCACAACAAGCGCUCUAAUGCGGCGCGAGGUGCGUCCCUUGGACAUGAAUGUCCAGUACUAUCCCUGCAAGACAUGCGGCAGCAAGUUCCCCAGCUACUACUUUGUCCACAAGCAUCGCAAGAUGUGCCAUGCCGAUGAGAUCGAGGCGGCGGCGGCAGCGGCAGCCACCAGCAACACUAGCAGCUCUUCAAGUGGAGCCGCCGCAGGAGCAGGCACUGCCACUGGCACCGGCACUUUUUCUAAAAGAGAGACGACGGUCGCAGCAGCGAAGGAACCUUCAGAGGAUCAGCAGAAGCCGUAAGGCAUGCAGCGAAUCUUGUGGAACUAACCAAAACAAAUCAAAAGCAACGAAAUCUACGAAUUUACGAAUACACCUACACCUACCCUAUAACACUGACAUACACAAACACAUACACAUACAACUGUACACAGAUACACACACACAAUCGCUGAAUGUUUUUUUUUGUUUGUCGCCCUAGAAUUUCAAUUCAAUAAAAGCAAAAUACUACCAAUAUCAUCCGAACAGAGGAACAACAGAGGAGAACAGCAAUUACGAGAGAGAGAGAGAUAUGCGUUAUUAACCGUCAAUCGAUGAUUCCACAUGAAGCAAUCGAUAGAUCCCAGAGUCAGAAGAGUACAUGCUGUCUAAAAACCAAUCUGUCGACGAUGGGAUCCGACAAUCAUUGAAGAAAGUCCGAGUGUAAAACUUACAACAUUAGUCAAAAUCGAAUGAUAUCGAUUGCAAUUUUUAAUCGGUAUGGGGAUGAUAUAGAUCAAAAAGCGUUAAUCAAAAUCGAUUGUUAUCGAUAGAAAUAGCUGUGCGAUAUGGCGUGGCAGAAGAGGUUAGCGAAGAGCUGCAGUAAAUGUGUGCCUAUAUAUAUUCGUACAUAUGUAGUUUAUUAAUCGUUAUCGUUGAAGUCGAGCUUCAAGCCCUGAAACGUUCUGAAUAAUCGAUUGAUCAGCAAAGAUCAGAAGCGUGAUACUUAAUCCAAAACGAUUGUUGUAUAUAUAUAUUGUAUAAUCGGUAAUCGUUUUAUCGACUUGAAGGUUGAUAGUCGCUAUCGAUUGAUCAUUGGGUUAUGAUUGGGGAUAUCGUUUAGAUAUAUAGGGAUUAUCGCAUUCGAUAGCCAUAUUUCCACAGUUUUGGCCACCCCUGUGAUCCACUUAGCCACUCACCCCCCUCCGCAGACAGGGCCCUCGCUCUCCACGAUUGGUAAAUGUAUGGCAGCUGUGGAGGGGGGGAUUGGCAGUGGGGUCGGUGGGUGGCAGAUGGGCUGAGCAAACAAUCCUUGCCGCAAUUUAAUAAUUAAAUUAAAUCACUUGCAUAAUAAAAAAGACGUU